AUGGCUACUGAGAAACCGAGAGACGAACGAAUCCAAGCGGUGAUUGAAGAAGAGCAGAAGGUUGACACUACUAUUGAUCCGCAGGAGAUCGGUAAGCCCAAUGGGGCCCAGCUGCUGUCUUUGAAAUGCAACCUGUAUCUGCACAAGCUGCUUGACACAUGGGCCUUGGAACAAGAGGAGGGUGGCAAUGACAUUUUGAAAGACACCAAGCGUGGGAUAUACCCGCUACUUGUUUCGCUGAGAAAAGCCAGACUACCGAGCGACCAAUUGGUCUCGCUAGCCACUGUGCUAUACCACUUACAGCAGUACGAAAGUACCAGAGACAAAGUGCACAUGCAGAGGAGUCUCGAGUCCUACAUGAAACUGAGUCUCGGCAACGUUGCGUGGCCCAUUGGAGUCACACAAGUGGGUAUCCAUGAGCGUAAGAUACAGCGGCAAGACGCCAGAAAUAACACCGCAACUGCGGGGAUAGUGGCCAACGUCAUGACAGAUGAACAGACCAGGCUAUGGAUCACUAACGUCAAGAGACUGCUAACUCACAUGGAACAGAGGAAAUGA